UCAGGGGCUGUCGGGCUUAGUCGUGUUUCCUCCGCUGUCAAUCCAGGUUUUUUUGUUCCUUCCGACAGCUGCAGCAAUGUCUCAGGAGCCGAGCGGACUCACCGACGAACAGGCUUUUAGUGCCUGUUCCGAUCCAGAUGCAGAAACCAAGCAGUCCCUCUCUUUUAGGAUUUUGUGAUGCAGCAGACAAUGUUGAGAGUGAAAGAUCCGAAAAAAUCUCUGGAUUUUUACACCAGAAUCAUUGGAAUGACACUUCUGCAGAAAUUUGACUUCCCUUCUAUGAAAUUCACACUCUACUUUUUGGGUUAUGAAGACAAAAAGGAAAUCCCAGCUGUUAAGAAUGAGCACACAGCCUGGACCUUCUCAAGGAGGGCGACUAUAGAGCUGACACACAAUUGGGGAACUGAGAAUGAUGAAAACCAGGCCUAUCAUAAUGGGAACUCUGAUCCUAGAGGAUUUGGUCACCUGGGCAUUGCAGUCCCUGAUGUUUAUGCUGCCUGCAAACGCUUUGAGGAACUGGGAGUAAAGUUUGUAAAGAAACCAGAUGAUGCUUCAGGUAAAAUGAAGGGGCUUGCUUUCAUUCAGGAUCCAGAUGGUUACUGGAUAGAGAUUCUCAGCCCAAACCAAAUGCUCACAAUAGUUCCUUAGGUGAGAAGUGUGGGCUUAAUGACAAGUUUCAUAGUUAAAUAUACAGAGCAUUGAUUGCUCAAACCCAUGAACUGUACCAAGAACCUGCAUUCAGACAUUACAGUAUUGUUUGCCCUGAAAAUAACUAGAAUUAUCAUGGCAUUUAGACAUUUUAAUAUACGAUUUGUGGACUGGGAAUUUUUCUUCAAUGUUCGGUUAUCUCUGGGGAAAUCACUAACAAUUUCCUCAUGCACCAGAAGUCAUAUUAAUUAAUCCCUGGGAAAGACUGAGGCUGGAAUAUUCCAUGAGUGUUAAGUCUGGAUCUGCAAGAACUGAUGGUGUGAAAGCUUGACCAAUCCAAGUAUAAACUGCUGAGCAUAUUGUGAUACCUAACUUGCCAACACACAACCUCCCUUUCACAUCCUUUAGUGAGGGGAAGAGAAGAUACACACACACAUGAUGUUGUAGAACACAGAACAUAUUGCUGAGGAUUUGUCUUAAGACUCUAAACCCACAUUUGCACUUUCUUUAGAGAGAGUUUUAAAUCGCAGGUCUUACUGUAAUAUCUGGCUAAAAGGGAUGGGGAAUAUCAACUUUCCACCCAUCUCUCCGAUUCAAUUCUAACUUCUUGGAAAGCAAUUUCUGAGGGACUUGUGCUGAACUCAGCUCAUCGUAGUCCAAUGAAAACUGACUUGACAAAUGUCAAAAUAAGUGUUGGCUGGAGUUCAUUGGUGAACUACUGCUGUCUAAAAUUGUCAACAGUGAAUUCUUUCACUGAAGCUCCUGCCAAAAAAAACUGUUCUCCUAUUAAAGUUGGCAAAUCCACUCCCAGUGCACUUGCUAUGUUGUAGGUUAUAAUCUUCAAUUACUGCCCAGCUAGCUGUUGAAAAAUUUCCAGUCUGUCUGCUUAUAAAAUGCUGUUGAAAUUGUUAGUACUUGCCUUGUCUGAAUGAGAAAUCUUUCUUGUGCUUUGUGAUGUACAGCACUUUGUGUGAGCUACAUUUGGGAGCAAUCCCACAUGCAAGUUUGUAGAUUAACUGAAUCUUAAUUUCCAUUAACAGCCAUCAUGCCUAAUUGCUUUCAUGUAGAACCUUACCUGUAAUAAAUGUUUAUUUUCUUCAA